UGUCGGGAACGGCAGCAUCUCAGAGUUCUGUUGAAUUUACCCUCGAGAGGUUCUGUUUGUCGUGCCGUGCGUAUUCGGAGCAGACCGUGCACGGUUCACCCUUGCUUUUACGCUGAUCUUGGUGCACGCGCGUUGCAUAGUGUAGUUUGAUUUAUUCUAUUUAUUUCGGUUAGCUUGCUUGACUCCGCUGUGCCGCCUCGUAUUGUCUUGUGAAGCUGUAGUGCUUUAGUUGAUUAUGUGUCUGCAUAAAAAGUGUAAAAAGAUAAUAUGACUGCAGACUGCAGUUCAGGAAUCAAAAAUGAAAAGUGCCUUCCUGCUGAACAGUUGACCGAAAAAAAACCAACCCCCGUCACAAUGGCUGAAGUCCAAAUAUGACCGAUAAAAACGCUGCAGGACACCCGACAGUUAUGAAAAUGUUUACAGAAAAGUAGCAGCAGGUGUGAAUAAACAGUCGUUCGGCGUUCGGUGGGUGCUCCGAAAGCUGACCACAAGCAACAACAACGCUAAGCAAACAGUGGGAAGCAACCUGCUGGUGCAUUUAAUGUAAAAUCGUUACCCUUCCCGGAAGACUCCCAAAAAACCUGCAUUCGUUGCACCGAAGGUGUCUUCGAAUGAACUUAAUCUCAUGUACCAAAGCAAAGUGCCAAAAAGUAGUGUGAACGAGCAGUGGGAAAUAAUUUUGAUCGAAGAAAAGCGUCUGUAACAGAAACUAUUGUACCAACGAGGCGGUGCAUACGGUAGCAGGCAGCAGGCAGCAGCAGCCAAAUCAACAUGUCUGGAAUUUUCAAAUACACCCCAAAUCGAACAGCAUCAUCGACGCCAAAUCGACGGUCAGCGUUCGGUACGGGUUUCGGAAGUCCCAGCUUGAAUCAAGAUGCCACAAUGGACAACACAUAUUCGAUGAGAUUUCGUUCUCCAUCGAUAAACGCGCUAACGGAGCAUGGAUCGCCAGUUCGCUCGUUACGGGAGAUCGAAGAAGAGCUCUCCUCGCUGCGGAAGGAGAAGUUUAAUCUCAAGCUGCGCAUAUUUUUCCUCGAACAGCAAGCUGGCAUCUCUACGGAAAACAGCGAUUUGCCAGGCCUGGGUGUGACCGCCUCAUCGUCGGGAACAUCGCGGGAUGGUAGUUGUCUGAAACAAAACAUCGACCUCAAGGUCGAAGUUGAGUCGUUACGUCGUGAACUGGUAGAAAAACAGGAUCUUCUAUGCCAGGCAGCCAAGGCAAUCGAAGUGCUCGAAGAGGGCCACCGUCGAUCGGAAGAGAAACAUCGCGAAAUGGUUAGCGAUCUGAACAAUCGCAUCGAAAUUCACCAGCUCGAGAUUAAGUCACUGGAAAAGGUAGCCGCUGAGCUACAGCACCAGCACCGUGAGCUGCAACUGUCUUCUGGCACAAUUGCCCCUAAAGAGGAGGUGGCGUUGGGCGACUUCGGGUCAACAAAGACAGUAGAAAUCGCUGGAGAAAGUUUGCUGGACUUCAUCGACACGGUUCAACAUCAUAGCGAGCUUAGCGUCCAGGACAAACUGAAGGCCCUCGAAUUAGACACCGUUUUGCGACAGUACCAGGAACAGAACGAAGAGCUACAACGCCAGGCCGAACAAACGAAAGCUGUUGUUAGUCAAAAGACUGACCUUAUCGCUUCACUAGAGGCUCAGUUGAAAGAAGUGAGAUUCGAAAAUGCGGAAUUACGCGAAAAGCUGGAGGAAAAUGCCAAAUCCCAAGCCGAUGCAGAGAUUGAACGGCUUAAAAAACAGAUGUUUGAUAUCCGGUCGGAUCUGGCUGAGAAACUUUGCGUUCUGGACGAGACUGAAGAAAAACUGAAAGACAAAACCGCCGAACACGUGAAAUCGUGUCGAUUGACAGAAAAGCUGCUGAAAAUAAUCACGGAGCAGGAGAAGGAAAUCGCUCGAAUGAAGCGAAACUCGAACAUAUCGCUUCCUUCGGAGCAGGGUCAGGGCAACGGAAAUGAUGCUCAAUGCGAGGUUGCGGAAAUCUUAGAUCAGGACCGUAAACCCGUUUCUCAGACAGAGUACGAUUCGUUGGUUCAACGUGCCAAGUUACUGCAACAAAAGAACGAAACCCUUAUCCAGAAGCUCUGCAGUAGCGGAAGCGGCGAUCAUCACAAUGAUCGUAACAUAAUUAUCAAACAGCUGAACGAUGAGCUGAUUCAGGCACGAGAAGAAGCAGAAAAAGCACAAAAGUGGCGCAAAGAAUGUGCAGAUCUAUGUGCCGUUUCAACAAUCAGGCUGGAGGAGUUGGCCGGUUUUCUUGAUUCUUUAUUAAAGAACAAGGACUUGGUAUGCAACCUUUCGACCGACCGCCGAAAGGCGAUACGGAAGGCGGUGGACCGAAGUCUGGAUCUGUCGCGUAGUUUGAACAUGUCAAUUUCGGUAACUGGAUUCUCUUUAACCGGUAACACGCUCGCUCAGUUGAGCUGUCUCUCGGGUUAUUUAGAAAAUUCGAUAGACUUGGGUGAAAUCGCCACUAACGAGCAACAUAAAUGCGAUAACGAAAAGGAAAAUUACACCGAGCAUAUGAACUUCAAAUCCGAAGCCUCCAACCAGACUAGACAUAUGAUCGAAACAUUGCAAGCCGAGAAUAAGGCCCUGCGAGGAGAGCUCUUGGAGCAGCAACAGCAACUACAACAGCGUAGCAAACGGCGUGAGAGUAAAGAACGUAAACUGAUUGCUGUUGAUCCUAUAUCGGACUCGGAAGCUUGGUCAGAACCAGACCGAGGCGUGUCGUUGGCCCGAAUUGGGCUUGAAGAUAGAUCUGGGUUAGGCCAAAAGCACCUCUUGCCUGUAAGCCUUUCGCAGCCACAGUCAAGCACUGGCGCAGGAUGUGCUGUGAGGGAGUUAAGCUCCACAUCUGAAAACGAAUUGGCUAUGAAUGCAAUCGCGCGCAAGAUCAACUCCAGUGGGUCGUCCGUUCUAGAAGUGAAGCAACUGCAUGAACAGCUGACGAGCCUAACAGUGGCGCUUCGAGAAAAAGACUGCACAAUUCAGGAAGUGCAAAGUCGCUUGGUAGAGGUGAAUAGCCAGUUGAAACAAGAGCAGCUCAAGAUAGCCACCAUGGAAUCCGAUGUGCACGAAAAGAGCCAUCUUGUGGAACGCUGGGAGUCCGAGGCAAAGGAAUCGAGAGAAAAGGCCGAAAGUGCAAUGGAGCGGCUGGUCACACUCGGGAAUGAAAUUCGUCAAAAAGACGAGCAGAUCGAGAAGUUGCGUCGAGAACGAGAGCAAGCGUCUGUCGAUUUGCGGGUGGCGGUAAUGAAGCUCGAAACGAUGCGCAGUGAUUACGAAGACCUACAGCAACGUCACAAAACCGAGCUGGACCAGCUACAAGUUCGUGAGCAAAAGCGCCUGGAAGAGCUGAAAUCAAGUCUAUCGAAUGCAUACCGUGAUGAGCUGCAACAGAAACAGCAAACGUUCAACACCACUCUCGAAGCAAACUACAUUUCAAAGAACAUUCAUCAAGAGAAGCUGCGCGAACUGGAAGAACUACACUAUCGGCUUGAAGAUGCACACAAUGACAUCUCAUCGAUGGCGCAGGCGGAAGAGCGUGCACGCGAGCAGCUCACGAGCUAUGAGCGAACAGUGGCUGCAAUGAAAAAGAAUCUCGACGAUGCUACAUUGCAGGCAUCCAAGGCUGCCGUUGAACGUACAAAGGCACUUGCCGAAAAGCGGCAGUUAGAGCAGGAUUUAAAUCAACUGCAACGAGAUCUGCAACAGCUUAAGGACGAGAAAAAUGCACUCAACGAAAAACUAGUUACCUUACAAGCCAUGGCUACCACGGACAGAACUGCCGGUCGCAAUCACUCUGGAUCCGGUAACGCAGGUAUGGGCAUGGGCGCGUCAGCACUACACGAAGGUCAUUUGUCGUCAACAACUACUGAGGACGAAGAGGCGGUGGGUCGACGGCGCUUUGAAAAUUCAUCUCCCGACCUCGGCAUCGAGAGCGAUCCGGGUCGGCUGUCCAAUGUAGAGCUUGCCGGAGCUGCGACACAUAACUCUGUGGGUUCGCCGAAACAACGUCUUCUGUUGCGAACACUUGAAUUGACGAAAUCGAUGUCCAAUCUACUGUUGAAUCCAUCGACGGAAGUCAAAAACGAACACGAUUCUUCGCCAAAAAGUGGAACGCAAGAGGUAGCAGAAAUCACCACCAUAGUCAAGCACGAUUGUGCAAAGAUCGAGGCAGACUUUGCAGAACUCAAGCGCCGAUACAAAGUUACGCGUCAAUCCCUGAACCAAGCUUACGACAAUAUCAAAUCGGCCAACAAGCGCAAGGAACAAUUGGAGGUGGACAUUAAACAGCAAAUCCAUAAGACCCGCGCCGUUCUCAAAACGGUUCACAACAACAUGGAGCAACCCAGCAAAUAAGAUAACCGUAAGGGGAUAAGCAAAAAAAAUCAAGGACAAAGGACCUCAAAUGUUAUAAACCCAGAUGUAUUUUUCAAUCGCGGGAAUACUGAAAUACUGUAUAUAUUUAUGAAUAACCAUCGGGAUAUUUCCAGAACCAGCCAUUUAUUGGGUACCUCAAAUGCACCAGCACGUCGGGUUUGUACAAUUCAAGAAACCGAAUUAUAUUCCUUACACUUUAC